GCUCAAUCCAGAUUGUGUGCCAGUUUUGUUUUGAAUCUGCGAAGUUGCAGUCUGCGAAGCUUUUCUUUUCCUCAGAUAAAUUAAAUUGUCCAUGUGACUGCAUUAUGUAAGGUAAUGUAAUAAGGUCCAGUUAUUUAAUGUGCCCAGUUGUAAGCGCGGCGCAAUAUGAGCUGGGUCAAGCCUGACGAUGGCUUCUGCUUGGAGCCGCCAAAGAAUCAAAGCGCCCGCAAGCGAGUGACAAGAAAGCGACCAGCCCCAAACGAUGAUUGUUCUGCGGCGUGUGAUCUUGCAUCGUCGGGGCACGAUCCGGUGAACUCGCUUGCCCGUGCCAGUGGAACGUGGGUGGAAAAAUUUGCGCCAAAGAGUCGUAAUGACCUAGCUGUCCAUCGGGAUAAAGUGGAACAAGUCUGUCAAUGCAUCAAGGAAAAACUCAAAACCUCUUUCAUGAAUGCCGGUGCCAUUAUUCUUCUUUGUGGACCAGCUGGCUCGGGAAAAACAGCAACACUACGAUGCCUUGCAGCUGAAGAAGACUUCACUAUCUGCGAAUGGAUCAACCCAGUUUCCCUGACUGCUAAAACUGAAUUUAAUCCAAACUGGGACUUCGGAAGAAGCACUGGACAGGUUGAGCAGUUUGAAGACUUCCUUUUUCAGUCAAGUCGCUAUCCUUCACUUCUCACUGGAGACUCUGCAAAGAGAGUUGUGCUUGUAGAGGACCUUCCCAACAUUUUUAUCAGGGAUGUGGAAAGUUUGCACCGUGUACUAAGGAUGUGCCGUACAGUUGCUGUUGCACCGCUUGUAUUUAUUAUAAGCGAGUCGUCUGACAAACUUGAACAUCGUCUGUUCCCUGAGGCUCUUACGAAGGAACUAGAUGUCACCAAAAUUAUGUUCAAUUCUAUUGCACCUACCUUUGUCACAAAAGCACUUUGUACACUGCUUGAUGCAGCUGUGCAAUUACAAGCCAUCACCCACGAACCUACUGCCGAUGAUAUCGACAGCAUUGUUGCCGCAAGCAAUGGAGACAUUCGUAGUGCCAUUAACGCUCUUGAGUUCUUCUGUUCUCCUAGGCAGUGCAUUGGCCCCAUAAGAAGCAAGACCGGUGCAAAGCAACAGUGGAGCAAUGCGUGCAAGAAGCGACGAAAGAAGGCAGCUAAAUCUGAUGGGCGGAGCUGUGGCAUUGGCCGAGAUGCACCUCUCACCCUCUUCCAUUCAUUGGGGAAAAUACUGCAUUGCAAGCGUAAACAACCAGAGUGCUCUAAAAUAGGGGACGGAACUGAAGUGUCAACUUGUGAUCUCUCACUGUCAUCGGUGAAGGAUUCAGAGAAAUGCCCCACUACUGACAUCAGUCCUGAGGAAGUGUUCGAGCGGGCAGCAGUUUCUGCAGAGACAUUUGCCCUCUUUCUCCACCACAACAUGCCUGACUUCGCUGCUGACAUUCACACUGUGGCUGAAUGCUCGGAAUGGUUCUGCCAUGGCGACGUCUUGCUCUCCGAAUGGACUAGUGAGAAUGUGAUGGAAAGGUAUGCCAUGUCGGUGGUGACAAGAGGAGUCAUCUCCAGCCUGUCACAGUCAGGUUCCAAAAGUGUUGGAUGGAGGCCACUUGGGAAGCCACAGUGGUCAGCUGCCUUUAGAGAUAUCAAGCAGAAACUUUAUGACCUGCGAGUAGCAUUUAAAGGACUGCAUAGCACAGGACGGGAGUUGCAGUUGGACAGGGUGCCAUACCUAGCUCUGCUUCAGGAAAGUGGCCUUCAGCUUUCAAACACUAGGAGGGUGCUUGUUGAAGAAAUUGGCACUCUGGCUAACAGGAACCUCUUUCACCGAAGCAACCUUCGCGAACAGGACACCGUGGAUGACAGAGAAGUGGAACUUUCAGUGAACUACACGUGUAGAAAUGUCGAGACAGUUUUGGAUGACCUUGACCACUCGGAUGAGGAAGUCAUCAUAGAAGAGUAUGACGACUGAUUUAGGGUAUCUGCUUUUUACAUGAACUAGCACAAAUUUACGCUUGCACUUGUGAAACAGACAUGGUGUAACUUUUUCGUCAAUGUAAUGACAUCAAUGUUCUAGAUUUUUUUCCUUGGAGCAAGGCAUGUUUAGUAUGCUUAAGGUAAUUUGUAUUUGGAUAAGCAAUUUACUGUUUGUGUAUCGUUCAGAGUCUUUUGUUAUGCAAUUGUUUUCACCCUGUGUACAUUUAACCAUGCAAAUAGCACUGUUUGUUAAUUUUAUUGCUGAGCUUCUAGUAAAGCAUCAUUCAUCAGCA